CCCCUUUCCUUCAAUCUUGCUCCCUCUGUCAUUCUUUCUCUAUCUGUCUCCCCCUCUCUCUCUCUUCUCUCUCAUGGCGAUUGCUGCGGAGAACCAGGCCCCCCAAGAGAAGGCAUCUUCGGAGGUUUCGGCGACGGAGACAAGGAGAUGGACGCUCAACGACUUCGAUAUCGGAAAGCCUCUCGGACGAGGAAAGUUUGGUCACGUCUAUUUGGCAAGAGAGAAGAGGAGCAAUCACAUCGUCGCACUCAAAGUCCUCUUUAAGAGCCAGCUGCAGCAGUCUCAGGUUGAACAUCAGCUUCGUCGUGAGGUUGAGAUACAAAGUCAUCUUCGACAUCCCAAUAUCCUACGCCUCUACGGCUACUUUUACGAUCAGAAACGAGUUUAUUUGAUAUUAGAAUAUGCUGCUAAAGGUGAACUGUAUAAGGAACUACAGAAGUGUAAAUACUUCAGUGAAAGACGUGCUGCCACUUAUGUUGCAUCAUUGGCCCGCGCCCUUAUAUACUGCCAUGGAAAGCACGUAAUUCAUAGAGAUAUCAAACCAGAAAACCUACUCAUUGGUGCACAGGGUGAACUCAAGAUAGCAGAUUUUGGGUGGUCAGUGCACACAUUCAACCGCAGGCGGACCAUGUGCGGCACUCUUGAUUACCUCCCUCCUGAGAUGGUGGAGAGUGUAGAGCACGAUGCUAGUGUGGAUAUCUGGAGCCUUGGCAUCCUGUGCUAUGAGUUCCUAUACGGAGUCCCACCUUUCGAGGCCAAGGAGCAUUCAGACACAUAUAGAAGGAUUGUGCAAGUGGAUCUGAAGUUUCCUCCGAAACCAAUUGUCUCUGCUCAUGCAAAGGACCUCAUUAGUCAGAUGCUUGUCAAGGAUUCUGCUCAACGCCUGCCGUUACACAAGCUUCUUGAACAUCCAUGGAUUGUUCAGAACGCCGAGCCCUCUGGCGUAUAUAGGAUAUAAUCCACCAAGCGCCAGAUACCGUCAAAUUCCUAAUGGAGGAGAUAAUGGCAGUAGAUUUUUAUGUUCUCAUCUCAACAUUGUUUUUCUAGUCGGCCAACUUGUGUGAUGCAAUACUUGUAUGAAUCUAUUGAUAUAAAUUUGUUUGUUAAUAAAAAUUCUUUGUUAUUCUCUCCACUCGGUCCAUUUUUGGAUACGAAAAUAAAUAAAAUUUGAAUAC